AUGCCUCAAGUUGAUCUUACUUCAGUUUGCGCCGGCGAUCCUAAAGUCUCCUGCGAAUCUCAAGCGGUUGUUGUUGAUGAUGAUUCGCCGACGCCGGAAAAAGAAAUUCCGACGAAUUCGCAUCCUGAUUAUGCACCUGAAUCGUUUUGGCUUUCUAAAGAUGCUGAGCUUGAUUGGCUUGAUCGUAAUGCUUUUCUUGAUAGAAGGGAUUCUGGAAAAGGAUCUUCAACGAAUUUGAAUCCGAUUCAUGUUUCUGUUGGUUCUCAGCGGUAUUCUGGUAAUUUGAAAUCGAAGGCUUCGUUAAUUGCGUUGCCUAAACCACAGAAGCAGAAUUAUGCUGAGGUUAAGAGUCGAAGACAUUGCCGGCCUUCUAGUGUACGGCUGUUUCCGAAACGGUCUGAACCGGUUGGUGGUAAACCGCUUGUGGCGUUGACUGAACCGGGUUCGCCUAAGGUUUCGUGUAUGGGUAGAGUGAGGUCAAGGAAGGAUAGAAGUCGAAGAGGGAAGAAUCGGAAGAAGGUUACUGAACCGGGCUUGGUUCGGGUUAAGAGUGUAAAAGAAAGGAAAAAUGGGUUUUGGAAAAAUGUCCGGUCUAUUUUCCGGUCUAAAGGGAAUAAAUUAGAGUGUAGAGAGAAUCAAACUGAAGAAGAUUGUGUCACGGCUCUAAAGAAAAAAAAUUCGAGUCUAAAGAAAAAACGAGGGUUUAGUUCAAAUAAUAAUUUGAAUUAUGACGGUUCAUGUGAAAUGAGUCCGGUUGAACCGCCCGGUUUAGGAGCAAUGAAGCGAUUCGCAUCCGGUCGGAAAUCUGAUGCUUGGGCCGGCGAUGUGGAGGUUGACGGUGCACAAUCAGAGCCGUUAGGUCCUGGUGGUCCAAUCUGGCGGCGGAGAGAGGUGGGCCCACCUGUAGAGAUUGGUAUCGAUCGGGAUUGGCGGACGGUGGGGCCCCUUUCUGUAUGA